CUCAUGUUAAUGAGAUCGUUACUCUAUAGUUGUAUGUGUGUGUGUGUGAAAACCAAGAACACAAAACCCAGAUUUAACUUAUUCCAUAUUAUGUUGUACGGCAUCCUGGGGUCAUUGCGAGGAAUUCCCCAUCAUUAGGAAAAUCGCGCUUGCUACUGGUUCAGAUAAAAACGAAUUCAAGUAGAACCGUCAGUCAGUUCCCAGCGUUGUUUCGAAAUUCGUAGGAGAGGUUGUAACAUCGCGGUAUCAACUUGCCACUAGCCAGCGGAUCGUUAGUUGAUCAACGCGUUCAGUUCGAUAAGUUUAUCAGUAAUGGAGAAGAAACUGUUAUUCUGCGCUAUGUUGGUAUCUUGGGUCUACGCCCAAAGGCCUUCCUAUGCUGGGACCAGCGUUAAAGGGGUCCCGGAAUUAGCUAGCCGGUUCAAGGACCCUGCAGAUGUCAAUGUCGUUAACAGAGUCGGCGUUGACGAUGUAAAUGCAGUAACUGAACCCAUCCCGGUAGACGCCAGAGGGGACGUCAAGCUAGUCCAAAGGGUAAACACAUGGCCAAAGGAGAACAGACCUUUCUGGGUGCUCAACGCUGACCAGAUCGAAAGGCACAGGAACACCAGACCUGGAUGGGGACUUCAACAGCAACAAGCUACGGGAAACAACUUGGAAGUUAACCAAGAGCAAAGAGGCACAUUUGUACCAGAUCAACGUAGAGAAGCAACGUUAGAGACUGACCAAACCGAAGCAGACUCUAACCAACAACAGAGACGUAUUCAACCGGACCAAAUCUCGAGCAGAAGCGGAGCCAGUUCGAGAAACUUGGGGGCGGGAUAUGGCAGAAGGGACAGAGCACUGUUCACUCCCGAGGAAGUACUGUGGGAUGCUAGAGAGUCCAGGCUCAGAAACAGGAAUUAUUAGAAGAUAUGGUAUGAUGGAGCUUGAAACGAAACCAAAGCCUUGAAGUUUAGUAUAUCGAAGCUAUCGUUUUUGAGAUAGACUGAAUACAGAAUAUUGUUAGCUGUACAAUAAUAAGUGAACUUUUGUAUAUUUUAUAUGAACUUUUAUUAAAGAAUAUUUUUUAGAUUAUA